UCGUGUUUUAGUGGGUUUUUAUGGGGCCUAGCAUGUGUUGUGAUUGACACAGAUGGGAGAAAUAGUGAUGAGAAGGCUAAGUUGUCAAGGUGGAAACUUGAACCAAUCUCCGAACUCAACCUCUGUAUAAAGGUUUUUGAAGAAAUUUCUAGUCUUCUACUACACAUGUUUAUUCUUGACGAUAAUCAGUAGUCCACAACUAUAUGUCAUGCUUAUAAUCUUCCGAAGUCAGGCUACAAUUUAGAUUUGUUCGGUGCAGAGAAGAUUUUGCUGGAGGGCAAUGAUGCUGACACUGAUAUGGCAUGUGGUGGACUGCAGGAUGAAUCUGCAGUUGCAGUGACGUGCCCAGCAUCAUCUGACAUCUGUGAUGACUCUGUAAUUGGUAGUGUUCAUAGAAGAAGACCGCGCUCUAAAGAUGCAAAUAGUGUUGUUAGUGUUCUUACUGCUGUUGAUUCAUUUGAACUGCAAUCUUUAAAUAAGCCUUUGUUGAGAAGCAUUCUAAAAGGUGAUUUCCCCAACACAGCAUUUUUACUCAGGCAGUUGUUAAUCGCCUCUGCUGCUAUUUUGAGGCUAAAUUUGCAUAUUAAGAGCGCUCCCAUGUUGUCAAGCUUGGUGAAUAAGUUUGCUGGCAUUAUGCAAGUCUUGUUAUUGGAAUCAGCGGACGCAAGUCAGGUGCCGCACUUCUAUUAUUUUGUGUGUUUAGAUGGUGUUCUGAAGUAUCUGGAAGAAUUAGGGAAUCAUUUUCCUUUGACUAAUCCUACCUUAUCCGGAGAUUUGUUUGACAAGAUGGUUCAGCUACAGUUACGGGCUUUAGGGAAAUGCAUAACUUUACAAGGGAAGAGAGCAGCUCUUGCAUCUCAUGAAACAAACACCAACACAUGCUUAGGAGAAAGGAGAUUUUCUGAAGCAUCAUCUUUUUCUGGCUGGGAAUAUUUAUUGGAUGAAUUCAAAGCUAGGUUGAGGUCAUCAUUCGCAGUGUUCAUAAAGAAAUCAACAGAGUUGCAUCUCCAAUCUGCAGUUCAAGUUAUCGAAAGAGCCCUAGUUGGUGUGCGAGAAGGGUGCACAGUGAGGUAUGACAUCUGUGCUGGAUGUGAAGAUGGAGGAAAGGUUUCUUCAAUUGUUGCAUCUGGCAUUGAUUGCUUGGAUUUGGUUCUGGAAUUUGUUUCAGGACGCAAUUUGAUUGUGGUUAAAAAAUACAUUCAGAGGUUAAUUGCCUGCAUGUUCAAUGUUAUUCUGCAUCUGCAGAGUCCGCUAAUCUUCUAUGAGAGAUUCACUCAGAGUAAAGAUGAUAGUGAUCCAGAUCCAGGAAUAGUCAUUCUUAUGUGUGUUGACGUACUGGCAAGAAUUUCUGGCAAGCAUGCAAUAUACAAAAUGGAUCUCUGGCAUGUAGCACACUCGUUACGUAUACCUUCAGCACUUUUUCAAGAUUUCCAUCUGUUAAAACAUUCUAAAUGUCGUGUUCCAAAUGAUUCUUCAACAAGUCCGAAUAACCAACCAUGCAACCCAGUAGCUAGUGUACGUGUCUCUGGUAUAGAUAGGCAAUACUCAAUCGGCCUAUACUCUGCUUGCUGCCGAUUAUUGCAUAAUGUUGUGAAGCAUCACAAAAGUGAAUGGUAUGUUCUUCUUUAUUGUUUGGAGACAUUGGAUGCUGUUGUGGUAGCCAGGGAAGGCUUUUUUUCAUGGGAAGUAGAAGGAGUCAAAUGUGCAUGUUCUCUCAGAAGGAUUUAUGAAGAGCUAAGACAUCAAAAAGUGGUCUUUGGUCAACACUGGUACCACUUUUUAGCUUAUUACAUACGGGUUUAUUCAGGAUAUGGCCCCCGCAAAACAGGCAUCAAAAGGGAAAUAGAUGAAGCUCUAAGACCAGGUGUAUAUGCGCUGAUAGAUGUUUGCUCACCUGAUGAUCUUCAACGUCUUCAUACCUCAUUUGGAGAGGGUCCUUGCAGAAACACCUUGGCGACCUUGAAGCACGAUUAUGAACUCAAUUUCCAGUACCAGGGAAAAGUCUAAGCGAAGCUUAUUUCUGUGGUAGGAUAUACCCACAUCAUCAUUUGAAUCUGCCUAUGUGACUCUUUUACCAUGUUAGAAAUAGGGUAACAUCUUACAUAUGUGAUAAUAUUUUUGUAGUGAUAUCUUCCUUAUACAUUA